AUGGCCCAGGGCGCAGUCAAGAAGUCCAAGCCCGUAGUGGCGAGGAAACCGACAAGAAGCGGCCCUAAGCCUGGCGCCAAAGUCAUCAAGCCCAAGAAGACGCAAAUUAUAACGCAGAACAAGAUCAAGCACAAGAGUUCUUGCGGGCUCACGGCGCAAACCGAGAAGCUUCUGGCGUCAAAGGCAGGGCAUCUGGAAAUCCUCAAGGGCGGGAAGAGGGAUAAGAAGGAUGGUGGGGAUAAAAAGGGAAAGAAAUGA